AUGAGACAAUUCAUCAAAUUGACCUUUGGCUUCCUUCUCCUUUUGGGGCUUCUCGUCUCGGCUCAGGAAGACUCCGCAGCCGUUUCGUCAGCUGGCGACGCGUUGUCUGUUGAGCCAACCCCUACGGACGUACCUGUCGACGUAACCUCCCCUGUCGUAACACCCACUCCGUCCGAAGAGCCAGUCGUCCCAGUUCCUGGCACAGAGUCUCCUUCGGAUCAAGGCCCUGUAGAUACACCGUCUUCUGUUGCCGGCGAAGUUUCCAUCAGCGCGCAGUCGAGCCCCUUAGUCUCGUCUUCCGAUCUCGUCGAGGCCUCUGCAACAUCUGCCGACGAAUCGUCUGCUACAGACGCAUCAGCUAGCGCCACCCCGACUGAAGGCGAGGAUGUCGGCGAAGCCGAAGAGUACGACUUCGAAGCACGCGAAGUGACUCCGUUGGAGAGUAGGCCCGAUGUCGUCACGCAAGAUGAGCUUCUGGCCGAGGCUGAGGCCAAUCUACCCGUUAUGGAGAUCCCCGAAGAAGACGCCAGAGAGAUUGCAGCCCUCGAGGCAAGCAUGUUUGAACACUUUGUCAGAAACGACCCCGUCAUCAACCCGGAGGACAACAUCACGCUUCCUGAGUCUGUUUCGAAUUGCGAGCUUGGGCUGGGCAAGCGAGACAUGGCCGGCGGCUGGUCUGGCCAGUCGAAUUCCAGGGUUAUGAAGAGACAAGAGUGCAGACCGGUGACACGCCUGGAUUGUGAUCUUCACAUCUGGCACAUGCUGUCAGCCAGAGGUGCCAAGCGCCCUGAUACUAUUGAGACCAGGAUCGAGGAGUCGGUGGCUUAUCUCAAGUCAGUUUUUGAGCCUCGGGGUAUUUACUUCAACCACGUCAGCACCAACUUCAGGCAGCCCGUCUCGACGACGGCCGAUUGGAAAACGCUCAAGAAAUCAGAGUCCAAGCUCGUCAAGUGGCAGACGGCCAGUCGCGCCGGCGAUCACAUGGCGCUGAAUCUCUGGCUGGUGAACAAUCUGGUCCCUGCGAGUGGUGUGGAAAAGCCAGGCGGAAACCUCAUGGGAUAUGCCACAUUUCCUGAAAUGAAGCGCUGGGCAACCGACGGAAUCGUCAUGCAGCAGUCUGCCAUGGGAACGCCAGCGUCGACCUUUGUCCACGAGGUUGGCCACUGGCUGGGCCUGCGCCACACGUUCGGCAACAAAGUUGAUGACGGCGAAACGGACUGCCUUGUGGGCGACGGUCUUCGCCGGACGACACACACGCGUGGAGACCGCAGCGUCAUCUUUGAAUGCCAGCAGCUCCCUUGCAACGAGGAGCGCGGCGUGAUGCGCAUCCCGAACUUUAUGAGUGUAAGUCGCCAACCUGGAUCACUUUCUUAA